UAAAAAUGUAUGUUAUAUUGAAUUAAAACUUGUUCAAAUUAAAAUGAUUAAGGAAGAGCUUGUAUAUAUUGCAGUAUAAUAAGGUGUCAUUCUUGAACAUAUAGUGUUUUUUCACUUUAAAGGGAAUGGUGGCGGGUCCUUUCAUAGGAGAAAAAUGGCAUCGUUUUGGAAAAAGGGGAAAAAAACUAACAUAAUUCUUCAGUACUAUCAAGCUAAAUUAAUAUAGUACAGGUAUAUUUGACAUCAACUGUUUCUGCAAUGCAUCCUUAACUAUCCUUUAACAGCACGUCACCUUAGUGCAAGAACUCAAUAUCUGCUUAAAUAUCUAUAUGCAGUUAUUGAGUUAUUGCACUAGGGUGACGACUGUCUGCAGCCCCCCAAACCAAGGUGUCCUGUGCUCUAACCCAGUACUUGCUGUCCAUAUCCCGCCCCCUAAUCGCUUCAAAUACAGGUAUAAUUAGCAUCCUCUGUUUUUCUGCAAUGCAUCCUCAUGUCUCUCUUUUCUUCCACAGUAGGAUGUCCGCCCCUCUGGCUUUCAACCCACUGACAGGCUGUCCAUAUCAGGCCCCCUCUGCCAUUAACACCCAUUCCCUCCAGCAUCUGUGCAGGCACACCAUUGUCAACUGUGUUGGGCUCAAAAACAUUCACAAGGUUGAACAACUGCCCCUUCCACCACGACUGAAAGGUCAGGUGUCCAGUUUAAGUCUGGUAGAUUUCUUCAUUGAUGGAACCAGUCUAUCCCCUCAGUCACAAGACACUGGACUUUACCCAGCCACCUGCAUUCUUACGGGAGACCAUCUCAACAUUAGGGUCAUACAACCAGGUCAAACUCCACCAGAGAGCGAAAACAUUUUUGCACGAUUUGAAGAAGACAACCACUGGAUUUUAGUGGAGACUCAAAUCGAAUCCCUCAGAGAUGUCUUGCUGAAAAGCAAGGAGACCAAUAUGCCUGUACAAGAAACCAUCAUAUGGAAAGCCUUGUCCAGCUUAGUUUCUUACAUCAAGUCCAAUGACGUUCAACCAAAUGCUCAUUUGUCUACUGAUUGUAUCAAAAUUUCUGGUAGCAAGUAUUACAUAGAAAUCUUGGAUGGAACUCAGAAUGACAUGCCAGUUGAUGCAACAGCCAAUGCCACAUAUGAGGCACCAGAAGUUUUAACAAAUGAAGAUCCUGAUACCAGGGCCCUUGUUUGGUCAAUUGGCUGUAUUGCAUAUGAAGCACUGGCCCUGGAACCAGCAUAUUAUGACCCAACUGGCACCAAUCCAUUUGCCGCAUACCAGAAUGUAAUGGCAGGAGUUAUUCCCCCUAUGCCAACAAAUGGGAGUACAGAGUUGCAGGACUUGAUUUCUAAGUGUCUGGUGGCCAAUAAAGACAACAGAAUCACCCUAGAUGACCUUCAAACCCUUCUAAGCAGCCACUUGUAGUACAUCUUUAUUUAUCUGUGAGAAUGAUUUAAACUUGUAGAACAAUACUACUUAUCUGUGAUAUAAAUUACUGUGAUGAUUUAUUUUAAUACUUUUUACACAUUUUUCAUUGUUGACAAGAUUUUAUAAUAUAUUUCUAGUGCAAAUAAAUGGAAAUAGAUACGCUAACUGUCACUUUCUUUACUGUGUAUGACCCUUUAUGAUAAAGAACAUGGACAGGUUUGAACAAGUGAAGUGGGGCUGAUAUUGGAAUUCUUUCUUUAAAAUAGUUUGUAAAGCCUAUGGGACAAUUUUGAGCCCAUCACAGUUCACAUGACAUCUUCCUUCUAGUUAAUGUUCAUUACAUUCAAUUUAAAAACAUAGACACAUUUUUCAAAUGGUUUA